AACAGUGAAAUGAAAAUUUUUUUUAAUGAUUAUAUUAACCAAAUCAAAGAUAUUUAGUGUAAAAAUAAAUUUUCAACAGUUUUAAAAUAUCUUUUCAAACCGCAAUGUUACGAAAAACGUUAAUAAAUACAACACGCGCAAAUUUUCAGAUUAACUUUGUAAGAAAUGCACAGAAGCGUUAUCCAAAAGUUGACAAAAAGUUACAGGCUGCUGCCGAAUCAUUGGCUGCUAGAGGAUUCCUUCGACCUAACAAACCUUGGCAGCCACCAACAAACAUUAAUGAAACAAUCAAUAAAAUUUGUUCGCAAUAUGGUCUGAAAUCAGAUUCCGAAUUCGAAAGUCUUGAAGUCAAAUUUAAUGUACUGAAAACAUGCUUUGAAGAGACUGGACAUGGUGUACCCAACUCUUUGUUGCAUACUAUAGAAAAUGUUGAUGAUCUCCAAGAAUUUUAUGAAACCCCUGUUGAAGUACUAACUCCAUUUGAUGCAUUAAAAAAGAUGGACCUACCAAAGAAUUUGCAUAUACAACAAGAUUAUGUUCGCUUCCAUCCUGAUAAAGAUACAUUAUUUAAUGGACAGUCAGCUUUUCCAAAAAGUUCUACAAUUGUGUCUGGUUUGAAAACUAGAAAGAAAUACGAGGGUUACACUGCCAAGACCUCUUGGACAUAAUUCUAAGUUUAUGUGAGAAUCUGUUUAAAAUGUGUAGAUAUAAUAGAUUAAUGUGAAGAAAAUAGUUAAUAAAUUAUAAAACUUUAA